GGAGUAGCUCCGACAAAAAUGUUCCGAUGCAGGUUCGUCACACGCAUGGUGCAAUGCAGAGUACAGGCCAGGCCCUGAAGGGAGAAGGAUUGCAUCAUUGCAGUGGUAGAACUUACACCGCACACGCUCAUGGGUGCAGCUGCUCUAGACGCUACCAAAGUGCCAUCAUACAACCCUCGCAAGGUGCGAUUAGAUGGGGAAAGGGAGGAGGGAGAGGGGAUUUGGUGGUUGGAAAUCGAUCAAGAGCAAGGUUUCUGGGGAGAAUCCACUCCGAUUACCCACUGACCUGGGGCCCCGUCAGGCUGAUACAACACCGUCCCGUCAUCGAUCCUUGCUGCAAGUCCUCUCACACCGGUUGGCCAGGGCUGUCUAUUUUGUACAGAAAGUUCGUAAUCCAAGGGAAGGGAAAACAACAAGAAAGAAAACAAGAAGAAAAUACCUUGGGUGGAGAACGGUACAUGGUCACGAGUUUCAACUACGACGACGCCUUCGAGGACAGCCCCCCCCCCCCCACCGAUGGGUCCUGUUUCGACACAGUCGCCCCAGCCCAGGCCACCGACCACCCGACCACCGUUGUUGACUCUUGAGAGAGACAGCGCAGGUCUUGACCAUUUGCAUGCCUG